GCAUAGCUCGGCGUCGUCGGCGAUAAUCGGCUUGCUUUUUGCAGCCCUCUGUUCAUCGUUAGAUAUCUCUCUUCUCCAUAAGAUUCUGUGUGCCCACGGUUGGCAAUAGCAGGCUAGAAGCGAAGAAUCCAUCCAUCCAUCGAUUGAUUGCACCAAGGUGAGGUGAAAGAGGAAGAGGAAGCCAAAAUGGAGGAGAAGCCCACGUUGGCUGGCAUCGAGGUGGCCAAUGUCAACCCUUUGGGCCUGACUGCCUUUGCGCUCACCGCAUUCACCAUGUCCAUGUUCACCACGGGUCUGCUGCCGGAGUCUGUCAGCAACGUCGGCUUGGCGAUGGGCUACUUCUUCGGCGGGGCGGGCAUGCUUCUUGCGGGGGUGUGGGCGUUCUUUGCACGCAGCACCUUCGGCGCCACGGCCUACUGCUCCUACGGCUUCUACUUCCUGUCGUACACCUACUACAUGGUGGAGAUGGAGAAAGACGCGGCCAACCCCGACAAGACCCACGUGGCGCUGGGGGUGUUCCUACUGGGGUGGACAAUCUUCACGAUCUGCAUGACCAUCAUCUCCUACAGGACGUUCCGCGCUCUGUUCAUCAUGUUCGUCUUCCUGACGUUCGAUUACUUCUUCAACAUGGUAGGCGCAUGGGCGGACUCGAAGAGCGCCACCAAGGCGGGAGGCUGGUUCGGCCUGAUGGCAGCGGCGACGGCCUUGUACUGCGCCAUGUCCAUAGUCGUAACGGACACGUGGAAGGAGGAGGUGCUGCCACUAGGACACUACAAGGGUUAACAAUCUCCACUCACUCUUCCAUUAACCUUUUUCUGUGUACAACAUACAUAUACAUUGCUGACUCAUCAUAUUCCUCUGCGUCGUACGGCGAGUUACAAUUAAUUUAAUUAAUUUAAUUAAUUACUCUUCUAGUCGGAAUUAAUCAGUCGUCAUCAAAGAUAGAGGUAGACCGUAGAGGUAAAGAUUCUAAAGAGCCGUGCCAGAAGGUGAUAUACCCAUUCACGGUUGCAGCGGACUAGAGCCUUCCCCCGAACACAACGCACCCUCAUUUUGCCUGCAGCGGACCGGAAAAAUGGCUUGUAUACAUUCAUUAUUCGUGUGCGUCGUGUUCUGGCGAAGACGAUGGGACUCUGAUUCGUUGAGCUACAGUUAAUAAGUCGGAGCAGAGACAGGUACGCUACACGAUGAAAAGUCGCAGCAGAAGAGUCCAGCGGCUCGGCGCGCGCUGCCACCUGC